CGAGCCAAACAGUCGCUCUCCUACACGAUCUGCUGGAGGUUGUUCGUUUUGUUUUUUUAUGGUUCUAAGUUUUCCCCGAGUUUUCAAAGUCGUUACCGUCGAUCAUUUCUGCAAACAAGUUUUUUCGUUGUUUUGUUUUUUUCGGGACUGUCGUUUAUGAUCCCCGCUGGCUGUUUUUAAUUGAUUUAUUUUAUCUUUGGUGACAACAAUCGUUUCCCUCAAUCAAAAAAAGACUUGAACUGUGCCAAAAGUAAUUUACGGAGGACAGUUUCUCUUUGGAAAAAUCGGUCCACUUGAUUUAUGUAUUUAACGAGGCUCAAGUCUCGGGUGCGGAUCAUCAUGUGAAAGGACUUUGGCUCAGCGGAUCAUUGACACCAGAUUGCGGGUAACGUGGAAAAAGCAAUCUCAACCGACUUGGGCCCAACGGACCUUUAAAGAUAAUCAUCGCUGGAAGAAAUCAGAAAAACAAGUUAAGGGGAGUGUAGACCUCCCCUUCUGCCGACAUUUUCAAUACAGCUGGAAAGAAGAAAAAAAAAAAAAAGGGGCACAUCGGGCCAGACGAACGAAUGAAGAGAAUGAGGAACAAGACCCUUUUACUCCAAGUGAUGAAUAAGAGCACUUUAGCGCCGCUGUGCGUCUUUUGCAUCAUUUUGCAGGCGUCUCUCUCGCGAGGAGCAGCAGCUGCGACGGUGGCGUCAACAGCGGCCAUUGAGAAGAAAACGGAAGCGAACAAAUCGUUUUCCUUUUCGGAUCCAGCCGGACUUUUGCUGGCUCAGGCGGACGCGCCCUACCAUCAGCAGCAGCAUCCGCAACAAGAGCAACUGAACGACGUAGCCACUCCGUCACAGAUGGACCUGUCAACGGGUUUGAUGGGAUUGGAUUCGGCCAACACGGACGAGCAUCAGAGCGGCCCUGCAGCCAGUCCCGGGAGCGAGUCCGGUCCGCUUUUCGAUCCGACAACUGAACGCAACGUGACUGUCCUCGUCGGUCGAACUGCCAAUUUGCACUGCCGUGUCCGUUACCUUGGCAACAGAACAGUGAGCUGGAUCCGACAUCGUGACGUCCACAUCCUGACAGUCGGUCGAUACACGUACGCGUCCGACCAGCGCUUCAGCAUUGUCAAAACGCGCCCGUCCGAGGAUUGGACACUGCAAAUCAAAUUCACGCAAGCCAGAGACGCCGGAUUAUACGAAUGCCAGAUAUCCACUCAGCCGCAUCGCAGUCAAUUCAUUCGAUUAAAUGUCGUCGAUGACAGUCCUGUCGGUGAUCAGGGUCACGCGGCCACCGGAUCAAAGUCAUCCAAACUGGGCAAAAAGAAUCUCGCCCAGUACACUCCCAAGGCGGUGAUUCUGGGCGGACCCGAGUUCCACGUCGACGUCGGCAGUCACGUCAAUCUGACUUGCAUCGUCCAGUAUAGUCCCGAACCGCCAGAGUACGUCUUUUGGCAUCAUCACGAUCAAGAGCUGAGACACGACUCGUCACGAGGCGGCGUCGCCAUCGUGACGGAUAAGACAAAUCAAGUGACUUCAACUUCGCUGCUGCUUCGCCAAGUCCGUCUCUCCGACUCGGGCAAAUAUUCGUGCACGCCGUCCAACGCUGACCCGGCAUCUGUCACCCUUCACGUCCUCCAAGGUGAACGACCGGCUGCCAUGCAAAGCAACGCUGGAGUUUCGUCGCAUUCGAUCCGCUCUAUUCUGCUGUUUCUUCCGCUAGGAUUUGUCUGGCUCGAUUACCGCCUAGUCGCUUGGGUCACGUGAUCAUCCUCAAUCAUCAUGCGUGACCAGUUUGUGAAACUUUUGCGGUGGAGUUACAAGAGGGGAGUGCGUGAGUCGAGCACUUGAAACUUCAUUUCAUUUCUUUUCUUUUCUUUUUUUUUUCUGAAUUACGUUCGAUUGACAGCGUCGACAACCCAUCAGUUUCCGUUUUCCGCGGUCUUGUCGAGUAUUUUUAACCAUCAUGUUACCCUCGAUUAAAAAAAAAAAAAAAAAGAAAGUAACGAAUAGAGAACAAAACUGAUGGAAACUGGGAGGGACUAUUAAGAAAAAGUCACGUAACGGCGGGGAAUUGUACGAUUUUUAAACAAACGCCCAGAAUUAUGAAAAAAGAAAUCCAAAAAAAAAAUCGAGUUUUAUAUUUAUCUAUAACUACACGCAUCUACGACGUACUUAUCUAUCUCAUUAAUAACCAUUCAUUCAUGUCUGCCCCGCCUCUGAUCCCCUUAUGAUAUGCAUCCAUUACUAGUACACACGCGUCUAGUCCAUCAUUUUUCCCUAGGCAAAACAUGCGUCCCACCUCACUCCCCUUUUGUUCUAUUGUACUACUAUUUACUCACAUCGAUCGUUGGCCGUCAUUAUUAUACUAAUCAUGAACAACCGGCGUCUGUAAACUUCUCAUCCAAACAGGAAAUCUUGAUGCGUGUUUUGUUGCCGUUUUCUUUUUACGAAUCAUUUCUUUUCCAACUUUAAUUGUUCCCAACACACAGACACGCGGCCAUUUUAUUCGUUCACUCAUGGAAAAAUCCUUCUUACAAAAACGUGUCUAUAUAACAAAAAAAAGAACUCGUACCUUGUCAAGUGUUAGUGUGCAUGAUCUAGCAAUCUGUUAGCUUAAGGGGGAGGAGGGCGUGGUUAUGUUGUGGAAGAGUGCGGGGGGAAGCGUGAGAAUGUAGGGUUAUAUAGGCUGACUAAUGAGGCAGCAACGUUAUGCAUCAUCAUCGUUUGAAACUGCAAUCAACACGGCCGUUUUGGAAUUGAGUUGUAAUUCCGUUUGUUUUGCCAAAUUGAAAUGAUUUCAACUUUCUUUUGCAAAUCAUGGAACAAAAAUGGGAAUUUUUUUCUUUCUUCUUUUAAUCUCAUCUCUAUUUUUUUUUAGCUUCCCAUUUUUUUUGUUAUAUUCUUUUAUUGUACGGUUAAGUAUAAUAUCAAAGCUCCCAUCACUUGCAUUUCAUCAAUCGUCUUGUGUACAUACAUUAUUAUUGUCUGCGACAGGUGUCCAAAAAAAAAAAAAACAUUAGUCAUCAUUUGGAAUUGGAAAAAAAAAUUACAGUCCCGUCAGAAUCAUCAUUUGAAUUCCACUAUUGUACCACCCCAGGUUGUUUUUCUCUUCCUUCCGAUCUAUCAACAGGUUCACAUUUUUGUUUGAAGCCUCCCCAAAAUACCAAAGCGAUGAUGACAUAUGAAUGAUGUUGUUCUUCAAUACAUACCAUUUCGAAUCGA